AUUGGCGGCGCGCGCGCCACGUGACGCCGGGAGGGGGCCGGGCGGGUGCGAGCCCGGCGCCGUCACGUGAGCGGCGCGGCGCGCCCCCUGGCGGAGCGGGCGGAGCUUCGGGGCCGCCAUGGGCUGCUGCUACAGCAGCGAGAGCGCGAGCGCGGAGCAGGAGGAGGAGACGAAGCGGCUGCUGGAGCCGGCCCCCAGCCCCCCCAGCAAGGCGCUGAACGGGGCCGAGCAGAGCUACCACAGCGCGCCCGCGGCGCGCACGGACGAGCAGGCCAUGCUCUCCUCCAUCCUCGCCAAGACCGCCAUCAACAUCAUCGACGUGUCGGCCGCGGACUCGCAGGGCAUGGAGCAGCACGAGUACAUGGACCGGGCCCGGCAGUACAGCACCCGCCUGGCCAUGCUCAGCUCCAGCCUCACGCACUGGAAGAAGGUGCCGGCGCUGCCGUCUCUCACCAACCAACCGCACCAGGUCCUGGCCAGCGACCCCGUCCCCUUCGCAGACCUGCAGCAGGUGUCCCGGAUAGCUGCCUACGCCUUCAGCGCGCUCUCGCAGAUCCGCGUGGACGCCAAGGAGGAGCUGGUUGUGCAGUUCGGCAUCCCCUGACCCCCCCGCGCCGGCCGGGGGGGCUUUGGGGUCGCUUUCUCCCCGGAUUUGUUGUCUUUUCCCCCUCCUUCCCCCCCCCCCGAUGGGAUCUGGCCCCACAGCGGGAUUCCCGGCGCUGCUCCGGGGGGGUUUGGGGGGGGUUGGCCUCGCGCAGGGAUCGGCACAAAGGGAAUGCUGUGUCCGGGGUGGGGGGGGGCUCGGGGCCGGUGGUGCCUGCCCCCCCCCCCCCCCCGACCCCGUUUUUGGGUGCUCGGCCCCGCGCCUUCUCGGAGGUUUGGGGGUUUUGUACCUGGGCCCUGGCCCCACAGAUAAACCCUCUUUGAGGCACUGCC